AUGUCCCCGACAGCCUCGAAUUCCAGUUCCCGUCAUGACCUAGCCGACGAAGCAUUGGGACAAUACCUUUUUCAGUCAGGGAAAAUACCAAAUCUAAGGCUACCCAUCAUUUCAACUAAAAUUGGGUACGGGCAAAGCAACCCAACCUACUUUGUUGACGACAAGGCCGGGUCUAGAUAUAUUCUCAGGAAAAAGCCCCCGGGGAAAAUCAUCAGUCCAGUAGCCCAUCAAGUAGAUCGUGAAUAUCGGGUGCUUCAAGCUCUUGGUACAGUCGAAGGUUUUCCAGUACCAAAAGCCUACCUCCUCUGCGGUGACCCCUCAGUUAUUGGAACAGCAUUCUAUGUGAUGGAAUUUGUCAAAGGUAGAAUUUUUACCGAUAAUAACCUGGGUGAAUUAUCACCCACCGACAGAAGAAAGGCGUGGUCUUCAGCUAUAGAGACUCUCUCCUGGCUCCAUUCCAUUGACCCGGACGCAAUAGGCCUGGAAGGAUACGGCAAGAAGACGGCCUUUUAUGCCCGUCACUGCAAUACCUGGAGCCGUAUUGAGUCCCAGCAAGCCCUCGUCAAGGAUGCCAAAACAGGAGUAGCCCUGGGAAGAGCCCAUGAAAAAUAUGAUGAGAUAAUCGACUUUGUGAAAAACAACCUGCCUGGAGAUAGGUACGCUAUCAUGCACGGAGACUUUAAACUCGACAAUCUGAUCUUUCAUCCUACUGAGCCCAAAGUUAUUGCCAUUCUUGAUUGGGAGCUUUCCACCAUUGGCCACCCCCUCCUGGACCUGGUGUAUUGCGUAAGCUCCUUCUUUGAAGAAAGUGUCGCGAUGGGCCAGUCAGACCCAUCCUCGACAGAGUUUCCGUAUAAGCCAGAAAAUAGGAAAGCGAGUGGCAUGCCAGAACCAGAGGAACUUCUCGACCGCUACUCUGAGCUCGUUGGCUACGAUCCGAGGCGAGAUGGAGGGGGAAAGGACUGGGAGGUGGCCGCGAUCGUGCACUUCAUCCGGGGCGGCACAAUCAGUCACGGAAUUCAGGCGCGAGCGAUCAGCGGUCAAGCAAGCAGUGAUUUUGCCCACCAGUACUUUGAACGAACUAAAGCGUUCCUUGAUAUAGCUUUUCGGCGCAUGGAGAAACUUCAGGGAAAAGGUGGAGUGGCUAAGCUUUGA